AUGCUGCAAUCCAUGUCAGGCACAGAAGACCGAAAGCGAUCUUUGGUCGCUGGUGCCGAAGACGGUCCCCGAAAGCGCUUACAUUCGGACGAGACCAGGCAACGCGGCUCUGCAACUCCUGCCGACGAUGACGAUGACGAGGACCAAGAGGCUCUUCAUCCAGCUUAUGCUGGCCUCGAAGCUUUCAGGAAGGAGGCCAUCUAUCGUAAACUGCUAGAGGCUAGAAGGGACCUUCAGCGCAUUCAGCGCAAAGCAGGAACGUUUCAGGAUCAUCUUGCAGUUUCCGAGCAGCGUGCUGCCGUCCUCCACCGUUUCUGGAGCCUCCUUCUCACAGAUCUUGCGGCUCGACUAGCUGUUCAGGAUCAGGAUGCAUUCGCAUCGCUCUCAUUCGAUUCCACGACUGAUGUCCCAACCUUGGAGAAGCAGCUUCAACAACAGUUGGCUAUCGUUCUUCAAUCGCUCUCCAAGCAGAGCGAGGUGAAUGUAGACGAGUUGCAGCAAAAGUUCCACGACCUGGCAGAGGAAGCCUCACGCCACAAGCAGGACCUUUUCCUCACGCAGUCCAAGUUGCAGAGAGCGGAAGAUGCGCUCGGUCACGCUACAGAGAAGCUUUCCAAAGUAGAGCACGAGUACGUUCGCUACCAGAGCAAUCUCUUGCGCGCCACAGAGGGAAAGCCGACAGUACCGGACGGCACCACUGUCACCGCUGCCGAACCUGCUGCAAGUGCUGACAAGUCUAGCGAAACCACUGUCAAGACGGAGCCCACGUCAUCACUCGGUACAGAGAACGCUGCCGAGUCUUCUGAAGCCUUGCAGAAGGCGAGGGACGAGCUCGAGUCCGCACGCCAGGAUGUUGAGCUCACACGGCGAGAGAGCGACUCAAGAUACGCCGAGAUCCAGACCCUCAACGAAGAGCUCAAGGCGCGCAUGUACAAGCUUCACCAGACGCAGACCAAGUUGAACAGUCUACCGGAAGAGGUCCUGGUCAACUCUGCGCUUUAUCGUGAGCUUCAGAGCUCCCUGCGUCACGCACAGCAAGAUUUGCAGAGCACCAGAGAAGCCAUGCAUUCUCUCGAGGCCGAGGCUGAUGCAUUGCGCGAAGGCCGGGCCACCUUCCAGCAGACUGUCGAAGCAGAAGCAAGCACCAGGACCGAGGAGCUGGAGAAGAUCGUCAAGGCAAAAGAGGCAGAUGUCACUCGCUUGCGCAGUCAGCGUGAUGAACUCAACGCCGAGCUCACUGAACGUCGUUCCCGCGAGCAGGUCAAGUUCACGCAGAUCGAAGAGAUGAAAGCGUUGCUCAACAGCAAGGAGGAGCGUCUGACAUUGCUCAGCAGCCAAGUGCGACGUCUGCGAAUAACUGUCGCCGCAUUCCAAGGCCAGUCAGUCGGCGUAGCCACGCUGGUCAAGAGCGAGUCGGAGCAGGACCAGUUCGAGGAGCUCAGUCGAGCGGCUCAGGAAGCACAAGCACGUGUAGCUGAGCUCGAGAAGCGACUUGGUACAAACGGCGCUCCCAACGGGGUGGAGACCACUCAAGUCAAGAGCGAGGAAGGAGGCGAGGCUGGGUCCAGCGAGAGCGAGCUCCGAGCGGAGAACGAACGAUUAAGACUGUCGCUACAAGCUGCAGAGGCAUCUAGCAAGGCUGUGGAUGACGAGUUAGAAAAGAUCAGCGCUGCCUACGCCGAUUUGGAAAGGCAAGCUUCUGUCAAGGUCACCGAUGUGAGCCGCUUGGAAGAGAAAGCGCUGCGAUGGGUGACAGAAAAGUCAAAAGCAGACAACAAGUACUUCUCGACGAUGCGCGUCAAGGAAAGCAUCGAGGCAGAACUCAGGACAGCCAAGCAGCUUAGCGAGAGGCAGCAGAAGACGAUCGAGAUGCACACCGAGGCAGAGCGCAAUUUUGCAACACAGUUGACUCUGCAUGACAAACAGGUCAACAUCUUCAAAAAGGCGACCGAAGAGCACAGCCAACGGAUCGAGGCGCUACAGCGCGAACUUGAGCAAGCCAAGGCACGUUCGGAAGAUGUGGCACGGGUCAAUGCAGCAAGCAGCGCCUCAGCUAAAGAGCUGAUAGACGCAGCCAGCACUGAGAAGGAUCAACGGAAGCGAGCGGAAGAACGCAUCGUGCGGCUGGAAAAGGACUUGGAAAGCGCCAAACGUCAAGUGGCCAAGGCGGCGGCCUCUGCUGCCAAGAACAAGGGACGUCGCGAGUCGGAAGUAGGAGACGGUGGAGACAAGGAUGCACUUCAAGCUCUAUUGCAGUGUUCUUCGUGCAAGGAACGAUACCGCAACCGUAUCUUGACCAAGUGCUAUCACACUUUUUGCUCGGUGUGUAUCGAUGCACGAGUCUCGACACGCCAGCGCAAGUGUCCUCACUGUGGUCUGGCCUUCGCCGUGAGCGACGUACAACCUCUCUACCUGCAGUGA